GGAAGUUCUUCAUACGUCGGUUAGAUGGUUCGCCAUCAAGAUCGUAACAAGCAAUGCUACUCUUUGUUAAGUGAAGUGCUGUAAAAUCUUGUUUUAGAACAAGAUUUACGUUUUUAACAGUCAACCGUGCUUCUUUUGAUGCUUUUCUAUUAUAGGAAAACGAGCCGGUAAAAGUUCGUCGCGGCGUUUUCUUAUUUGACAGUAAGCUAGGGCUAGCGUGUUAGCUGCUCAGACAACAGCUCGUGAGGAUGUCGCUUCACGGCAAAAGAAAAGAAAUCUACAAGUACGAGGCGCCAUGGACGGUGUACGCAAUGAACUGGAGCGUUCGUCCGGAUAAACGCUUUCGGCUGGCCCUCGGGAGCUUUGUGGAAGAGUAUAACAACAAGGUUCAGUUGGUGGGUCUGGAAGAGGAGAGCUCCGAGUUUGUCUGCAGGAACACGUUUGAUCACCCUUACCCCACCACCAAGAUCAUGUGGAUCCCGGACACCAAAGGGGUCUACCCAGACCUGCUGGCCACCAGUGGAGACUAUUUGCGCAUUUGGAGGGUCAGCGACACGGAAACACGUCUGGAGUGUUUGCUAAAUAACAACAAGAACUCAGACUUCUGUGCCCCUCUCACCUCCUUUGACUGGAACGAAGUUGAUCCCAAUCUUCUGGGAACAUCCAGCAUCGACACCACCUGCACUAUCUGGGGCCUGGAGACAGGUCAGGUGUUGGGACGAGUAAACCUGGUGUCUGGGCACGUGAAGACCCAGCUAAUCGCUCACGACAAAGAGGUGUAUGACAUCGCUUUCAGCCGUGCAGGAGGGGGCAGAGACAUGUUUGCUUCCGUGGGGGCCGACGGAUCCGUCCGCAUGUUUGACCUGCGACAUCUGGAGCACAGCACCAUCAUCUAUGAAGACCCCCAGCACCACCCACUGCUUCGUCUCUGCUGGAACAAACAGGACCCCAACUACCUGGCCACGAUGGCCAUGGACGGCAUGGAGGUGGUCAUCCUGGAUGUCCGUGUGCCGUGCACACCCGUGGCGCGGCUCAAUAACCAUCGCGCCUGUGUCAACGGCAUCGCCUGGGCCCCUCAUUCCUCCUGUCACAUCUGCACUGCAGCCGACGAUCAUCAGGCUCUGAUCUGGGAUAUCCAGCAGAUGCCACGUGCCAUCGAAGACCCCAUCCUGGCCUAUACCGCCGAAGGGGAGAUCAACAACGUGCAGUGGGCUUCAACACAACCAGACUGGAUCGCCAUCUGCUACAACAACUGCCUGGAGAUCCUGCGUGUCUAAAAGCCCGGAGAAGGACUUCUGCUUCACCUUUGGACUUUAGUUCUCAUUCCCCUGCUUUCAGUCCCAGGACACGAACACAGUUUAGCUCUCUGAGAGUGUUUGGAUGAUCUAAUACCUGCUCUGCAAUAAAUUGGUUUACAUCAAAUGUCCGUGCAUCCGCUCCACCGCUUUUCAGAGAAACGUGUUUAAGCUCUUAUUCGUUUUGGCCCGCAGCUGGAAUCAGCGUCAGAGCUGUUGUCUCUAAAAUUUAGGCGUCUUUUAUACGCCGAGGCGAUCAUGAAGGGUUUAGAUGUUGUACAUUUCAUCAGUUGAAUUUGUCGAGGUCGAUUCUAACACUGGUUUGUGGCAGAAGACGACCUCUGAUGCGUAGGAGUAUGUUGUAGCCUUUUUUUUUAGUGGAUUGCAUACCAUAAUCUUUUCAAACUAAGGUCCUGAAUAUUAGUCUUGUUUACCUGCCGAUGGGUCAUCUCUGCGCUCGGGGUUCAGACCCGUGCAGUUUUUUAAAGUUGCGAAGUAAGACGGGAUGCAUUCCUGUCUGUUAUCUUGAAUUGGAUCCAGAGAAACUACCAUGUACAGACAAACCUAAACAUGUUCGUCUUUCUAAUGACUUUGUGUGUGUAGAAACCUGCCUUUUUCUUUCCCGGUCAAGUGCGAGAUGGAACUGAAGUUCUUGAAUGCAUUUCUGUCCACUGGCUUUUUGUUUAAUACUUAAGGGGCCCUUGUAGCAUGCCAAUACAAGGUAAAAUGUACAUACAUAUAAAUAUAUCAACAGCUGUUGGUAAGCCAAGUGUUCAUGUUGUAGCUCUUUUUCAUAAAGUUUAUUAUUGAAUUUGCUCUAAUAAAUUGUAUCCUUUCAUGUCUCAGACAAACUUGGCUUGUUUUUCUUUGUUGUAGUCAAAUUAUGUUCUGCUUUUAUUUUAGAUUUUGUGGUUUUGAAAUGGAACAGAAGUGAACCAGAGUUCUGUUUUUAUAUGUAUAUGCUUUCCAUCAAUAAAAUAUGAAGCUAUUAUUUUC